CGUCUUUCACCGGACGCGGCUGUGUCCUCGAUAUAACACUCCGAAAUCCAACCAGCACGGCGAGCUCGCCCCAACGUUGAAGCGUUCACAGCGACGGGAACAUGUUUGCGACGAUACAGCUAGCUCGUGCCCGUUGGGCGACGGGCCGCUCAGCGGGGUCACGAUAUCAGACGCUCUCGCAAGGCUCCGCUUCCAAAGCUCGCGUCGGUGCUUAUGCGCAGAACUCACAGUGGAGCGCGAGGACUUACAGCACGCCUGUGAACGUGCCGCAGAGGAAGAAAGUUUGGGAUAGCGUGGACGAAGCGGUCAAGGAUGUGAAGUCCGGGGACGUCUUGUUGAGUGGAGGUUUCGGGUUAUGUGGGACGCCGGAUACCUUGAUUGGGGCUCUAUCUAAGAGACCGGAGGUCAAGAAUCUUACCGCUGUCAGCAACAACGCUGGCUCCGGUGAGAAGGGACUGGGCAAACUCUUAUACAAUGGCCAAAUCGGAAAGAUGAUGGCGUCCUACAUCGGCGGGAACAAGUAUUUCGAAGGCUUAUACCUCAAGGGUGAAAUCGGGUUGGAGCUGAUUCCGCAGGGCACACUCGUGGAACGCAUGAGGGCGCACGCCGCGGGUAUACCUGCUUUCUAUACGCCAACUGGGGCGGCGACCGCUGUUGAGCAAGGCGAAAUUGUCAUCCGGUAUAAGGAGGGUGGUAUGAAGGCCGGUGUUCUUGAAGAAGGCAACAAGAAGGAGUACCGUGAGUUCGACGGGAGAAGGUACAUCCUCGAACCGGCGAUCAGCGGUGAUGUCGCUUUUGUCCAUGCCUGGAAAGCCGACGAAGUGGGGAAUGUCCAGUUCCGCUACACCGCCAACAACUUCAAUGCAGUGAUGGGAAAAAACGCCAAACUGACGAUUGUCGAAGCGGAGCACAUUGUCCCUGUUGGUUCAUUGGAGCCUGGCGAGAUACACCUUCCAGGCAUCUACGUCGAUCGCGUCGUGCAAGCUACGGCACCCAAGGAGAUCGAGAUGCUCACGCUCGCGCAGGAACCUGAAAGCGGGUCAGCCAAGGGCGAGGAGGGUGCAGUGGACCCUGCGAAAGCCGCCGCGAAAGAUCAGAGACACAGGAUCGCGAGACGGGCAGCGAAAGAGAUCCGCGACGGUUUCCACGUUAAUCUUGGAAUCGGAAUGCCGACGCUGGUCCCGGAACACCUUCCGCCGGGAGUACGCGUCUGGCUCCAGAGCGAGAACGGGAUACUCGGGAUGGGCCCGUAUCCAACGAAGGAGCAGGUCGACCCCGACAUUAUCAAUGCGGGGAAGGAGACUGUCACCUUGCUUCCUGGAGCUUCGGUCUUCGAUUCCAGCGAAUCGUUCGCCAUGAUUCGUGGAGGACAUAUCGACGUUGCUAUCCUCGGGGCAAUGCAAGUUUCGCAGGCCGGUGACAUUGCCAACUUCAUGAUCCCUGGCAAGAUGGUCAAAGGCAUCGGAGGAGCGAUGGAUUUGGUGUCUAACCCGGACGGCACGAAGGUCAUUGCGGUCAUGGAACAUUGCGCGAGAGAUGGCACUCCUAAGAUCUUGGCCGAAUGCGCCUUGCCCUUGACGGGGGCGCGCACGGUCAGCCAAAUCAUCACGGAACUCGCCGUCUUCGAUGUCGACAGGGCUGCUGGAAAGCUGGAGCUGAUUGAAAUCGCUGAGGGCGUUACUGUAGAUGAAGUUCGUGCUAAGACGGGAUGCGACUUCGCGGUGCGGAGCGACCUUGGUCGAUUUUGAGUUUUGCGGGUGCGUACGCCACCGUAGUAGUGCUACGUAACCCAUGUACCCGUCACUGUCGUCAUUCACACCUAUGUUCUUUGCUCGAAUAUCUUCACAUCAAGAUAUCUCGUCCAUUUGAGUAAUAUCAUUGUCUGUUUGUCG